AUGCCGCUUGCGUUUUCAGUCCCUUCUCGUGAAAAAUGGCAAAAGUACGAACAAGGCUCGAUGGCAAAGCAGCAAGAAUUUAUGGAGAGAUACAGAGAAAACUUUAAGAAAGUCCUUGUCGAAAAUUCAGCCGGCAUUCAAGCAGGUGACCAUCUCGUUCUUGAAAGAAAAUAUUAUGUUCAUCAUAUGCUGUGUACUUUCAGCGGAGAUAACAAUGUUAUCGUAAUACACUACAGUGGACCUGCUUGGGGUAUCAGUAGAGCGUCGAGAUGCACGUCUUUCAAAGAUGUUGGAGUCAAAGGCGAAAUAGAAGAAAAAAUGUUUUCAUCUGAGUAACUUGUGGAACAACAGGUACGUAUUAAAGACAAAACCUUUUAACACAAAAUUAUCUUAGGCGCGCGCGUUACUACUUCACUCGCGAAGUUAGAGAUCUUGUUUUACAUUUUGUGGUCGUGUUCAGUGUUCGUGUACCAAUCUCCGCGGCCCGCGUCUGAAGACUAGAGAAUUUUUGAUUUUAGAUUUAAUUUUAGAUCUACCCGCUUAUCGCAAUUUGAAAAAACACGGGCCAAACUUCUUUAGAUAUGUGAAUGCUAGUGUCAUUUCCAUAAUACUUAUUCCCUUAAGCUACACUUUACUGCUGUACUGUUUAACUUAUUAGGUUUGCGUUUUUUUCCUUUUAAUUUAGUUUCUUUCCUUUACAAAUUAGUUUUUUCUUCUCUAUAUACAUAUAUAUUAUUUUCAGCCCGCUGCGAAAGUAGAAGAAAGAAAAUAAAACCUUAUCUAAUAUACGGGUGGAAAUUUGCGUUUUAUAGUCGGCUAGGCUUAUAUGCGUCUCAAAAUCCAUUGGAUUAGUUUAUAGUUGGAAGGACAUUUAUGUCAGUAAUUUGCAGGAUGUUUUUACUGAAACUCGCCUUAAGCACGUAGAUCUUUCUAAAACUCAGCCAUGCAAGUACUUUGUCUUAAUUGAACCAAAGAAAUCCAAGCCAAGUCUGAAGAGUGAACUACGCAAACAUCAAUAUACUGUGACACUUUUUGACUGCAAUCAUUUGGCACACGUAAUAGUUCCUUGAGCUUCUUUGGCAAAUGCAAAAAUUUUUGUGUCACUGUCAAUUUCUCUUUGUUUUAUUUUGAAUUUGAGGGCAAUUUCCGAGUACAAGCUAAGCCCCCGGGAGCUUGCAUUUGGAGGAGAAAUUUAUCGGAGGGUUUUAUUUUCGGAAUUUUACGGUACUUCAUCGGUAUAUCGUACCAUAAAUCGAUACUCGAAUUGAUAAAUAAUCAGAUAUUAAACUACUGAGGAACAAAACGGGGAGUAUGAAAAGAUCGGAAUCACACUGAUCAAUCUCGAUUUCCCUUAAAUUUGUUUUAAUUUCGAUUUUUAGUUUCACGUUCUAUCAUGUUUGAUGCUACUUCCAGGUCGACAAAAUUUUUAAAAUCGUUAUUUUUUUUUACGGGAGAACUGGUGGAAUAACGAAUCCAAAUCCGUAAUGUUUUGGAGACAAAGAUAGUGUGUAGUCUUAAAAGAGUCACGAUAAAACUAAAAUUUCUGUAGAGAUUUUAAAUUCUCCACUCAGCAGGCUUAGAAAUUCCGGCAUACAGUGUGUAUAUUACUCUUACAGGUCAAAAAGAUCAUCUGGCCAGCCCACUUAAAACGCUUUUCCGCGGAGGAAGUGAUCAAGAGAGCUUUCACCAGAUUGGGUGAAAACUGGUACGACAUUCUAAAGAACAACUGUGAGCAUUUUGUAACUUGGAGCAUGUGUGGGCUUAAGGUGAGCCUUCAAGUAGAACAAUGGUACCUUACAGGACGAGAAGUCGCCUAUUCUGCUUUCACAGGGUUGUAUGACUUUGCUAGAAAUAAAACCAAAGAGAAAGUAGUUGUGCCCCUACUUAUCAAGCUCCAGGCUAAUGUUUCCGACGAGGUGGCCGCUUUCAUUAAUGAAAAUGCCCUCUAUGUGGGAUAUGGGUUAGCAAUCCUCAUGGAAGCUGGCGUAGCAGGUCAAGAGAUCUACAAAGCAUACACUCAUUGUAAGACUACGGAAGAGUUUAAAGUCAAGUUCGUUGACAUUGUUGCUAAGGCAGCUUGUCGUCUGGGAUGUGGAAUCACCGGCUCAUGUAUCGGCACAGCGGUAUGCCCAGCAGCUGCCCCCAUAGCGAGCUUGGUGGGCGGUGCAAUAGGAGCAGGUUUAGGGCACCUCUUCGGAGCUUUGAUUGGCUGGUGGUAUGAGAAUUCCCCCUACAUGGACGGAUAGAGACAAAUGAUCUGAAGAAACAGUAACCUGUAUUUGAGACCGAUGACCAGUCAUUGACGAACGAUUUUGAUAUCAACCGGUAUGGCUUCGUGGCAACCCUNUACUCUUACAGGUCAAAAAGAUCAUCUGGCCAACCCACUUAAAACGCUUUUCCGCGGAGGAAGUGAUCAAGAGAGCUUUCACCAGAUUGGGUGAAAACUGGUACGACAUUCUAAAGAACAACUGUGAGCAUUUUGUAACUUGGAGCAUGUGUGGGCUUAAGGUGAGCCUUCAAGUAGAACAAUGGUACCUUACAGCACGAGAAGUCGCCUAUUCUGCUUUCACAGGUCUUUAUGACUUUGGUAGAAAUAUAACCACGAAGAAAGUUCUACCUCUACUUAUCAAGCUCCAGGCUAAUGUUUCCGACGAGGUGGCCGCUUUCAUUAAUGAAAAUGCCCUCUAUGUGGGAUAUGGGUUAGCAAUCCUCAUGGAAGCUGGCGUAGCAGGUCAAGAGAUCUACAAAGCAUACACUCAUUGUAAGACUACGGAAGAGUUUAAAGUCAAGUUCGUUGACAUUGUUGCUAAGGCAGCUUGUCGUCUGGGAUGUGGAAUCACCGGCUCAUGUAUCGGCACAGCGGUAUGCCCAGCAGCUGCCCCCAUAGCGAGCUUGGUGGGCGGUGCAAUAGGAGCAGGUUUAGGGCACCUCUUCGGAGCUUUGAUUGGCUGGUGGUAUGAGAAUUCCCCCUACAUGGACGGAUAG